AUGGGGCAACAGGCAAGCUGGGCUGGGCGCGGCAGCGGGAGGCGCGUGGCCGAGGAGGUGGCUGCCCGCCAGACGCUGCCCGCCUUUGCCGCCGCACUGACCAUCAUCACCGUCGGCGCUUUCCUCCUGGGAUCCGCGAUACGGCGGUACAUCCUGCAGCCAGCAGACCUGCCAGAUGGACGCGCCGACGGCGGCUCCAGCGGCAAGGCCAAGCGCCGCGGCGGCGGCGGCGGCGGCAAGGGCCAGCGUGGCAUGCCCAGCGUGCCCAGCGUGAAGGACCUGCUGGGCCAGUAUGCCAAGCCGCCAGGCGCCCCGAGCGGCGGCGGCGACGCGGUGCUUUCUUUGGCCGCCGUCCAAGCCAGCCACGAGGCGGAGGCGGCGGCCUCCGCCGCAGCAGCGCAGGAACCAGCGGCGGAGGCAACGGGGGAUGCAGCCCUGCCCCCAGCAGCAGCAGCAGCAGAGCAGCCAGCAGAGCCAGCAGCAGCAGAGCCAGCAGCAGCAGCGGCGGCGAUCGAGGCAGCGCCUGCGGCAGCGCCUGCAGCGGAGCAGCCACGCGCAGGUGCCGAUGAGCAGGCCGCGCCGGCUGAGCCCAGCCCUGCAGCCGGCGCGGGCGUCGCGAAGCUGGCAGCUGCAGAGGCCGCAGAGGCUGGCGUGCCGGGCGCUGUGGGCGGGGAGGAAUGGUGCUCCACAAUCCUAGAGCCAGCCAUGCGUGCGGCUAGCGCAGCAAAGCACAAGGCGCAGCAGGAGGCGGCGGCCGAGGCGGCAGCAGCAAAGCAUGCAGCGCACGAGGAGGCCGCCGCGGUAGCAUCGGCCGCAGCCGCCGCGACCGCAGCUGCGGCGGCGGCGGCUGCCGCGCCGCUGCUGGCCUGCCAGCAGCUGUGGGCGCUGACGCAGCAGGCGGGCGAGGGGCCGGUCAUGCUGCGCCUGCUGUUCCCGGUGCCUGGCGGCGAGGAGCAGCACUGCGUGGCGCUGUUCCAGGAGGAGGAGGACGCCGCGGCUGUGCAGCGCGCGCUGCGGCUGGUGCUGGGCCUGCCCACCGCCGUGCAGCAGGUGCCCGCGGCGGGCAUGGUGGCGACCGCGGCGCAGCAGCGCUGGGGCGCCGCUUUCUUCGGGGCAGGUGCCCUGCCUGCGGCGCUGGCGGCUGUGGAGGAUGCCGCGGUGCAGCAGCAGCGGGUGGCUGCGGAGGAGGAGGAGGAGGACGGGGAGGAGGGGGUGGCCGGCGGCGGCAGCCACGAGGCACCUGAUGCAGCAGAGCUGCUGUUUGGGGUGCUGCAGCAGCAGGCGCAGCUGCUGGGGCGGGCCGAGGUGCAGGCGGCGGCGGCGAGCCUGCUCGCGCCGCCGCCGUCGCCGCCGCCGCCGCCGGGCCCGAGCACACCAGCCGAGGCCGGCCGGCCAUCCGAGCAGGGCCAGCAGCCAGAGCCGGCAGCCGCGGCAGCGGCGCAGCAGCAGGCAGGCGAGGCCCAGCAGCCGGAGGCCACCCCCGCAGAGCAGCAGCUGCCACAGGCUGCCGAGGCGGCGCCAGCGCAGGCAGCCCCGCCGCCUGCGCUUCAGGCCGAGCAGGCGGCGGGGCCGGCGGCGCCGCAGCGGCCCGGCGACAUGCAGAGCCAGCGGGCUGCCGAGGUUGCCGCCGCGGCCAGGCAGGGCGUGGACCCUUGGUGGGAGGAACAGACGCGGCGGCGGCCCCCCGCCAAGCUGGAUGCCGACUGGUGGCUGGCGCUGCCGGUGCUGCACGUGCCGCAGCUGCUGUAUGGAGGCGGCACCAAGGGCCUCAUGACUGUGCCCAUCUGCGUGCCAGACUUCCUGCACGCCAGCGGCGGCAGCGCUGGCAGCGCCGCAGGCGGCGACGGCGGCGACGCGGCCAGCGGCGAGGCAGGCGCCGCCGCCGCCGGCGAGCAGCAGGCCUCGCCCGCUCCCGCGGCAGCCGGCGGAGCCGACGGCGCGGCGGCGGACGGCGGCGGCGGCGCCGCCGCCGCUGGCACCACCUGCGAGCGGCGCCUGGUGGCGUUUGCUGAGCUGGCGGACGCCGAGGCGCUGGCAGAGUGCUCCCUGGCGCAGACCGGGAGCGGCGUGGCGGACAUCCAGGUGCUCAGCGUGCCGCCCGCCAAGCUGCGGCAGCACGCAGAGUCCAACGCAUGCGGCGUGGCGGUGCUGCCCAAGGGCGAGCUGGCGCUGGCAGCGGGCACAGCCUACGACGCGGUUGUGAGCCUGGUGGUGGACGCCGUGGAGCGGCGCUUCUACGAGGAGGUGCUGCACCGAGCGUACGCGCGCAUGCUGGAGGCGGCGGCGGGGGCGCGCGCGGCGCAGCGCGCGGCGCCCGCCGGCGACGGGGAUGCCGGCGUGGCUGCCCAGGGGCCAGCAGAGCAGCAGGCGGAGCGGCAGGCAGAGACGCAGGCAGAGCAGCCACAGUGA